AACAAGCGUUCAGUAUUAGAAAAGCGUUUUGGUGUAUUGUGGUGAAUUAGUGUUUUAUUGUGCGGUAGAUGUAUGUUAAGUAACUCGGUUAUUUUCAAUUUAUUACAAAAAUGGCAAAUAAAAAAUAUGUGUAUUUUAUGUUAGAUCUGGAUAUAACUUACACCACCCCUUAAAAUACUUCUUGGACUCAUGAACUGAAUAAAUAAUUAUUAAAAAAAUAAUACGACACUACAGAGGGCCGCCGCUGUACAUAUCUAAAAACGUUCCAAAAAUAGAUUCUAAAAAAGCUUAUUUUUAAAAAUAGCAGCUAAGGCUCUACUAUAUGAUUUCUCUACAAGAAGUUCUAGUACGAGAAUGAACGUAGACGCAGAAUUAAUGUUCGAAUGUCUCAUUUACUUGAACAUGUUCUAUUUCCCGGUGUUUGCCAUAUGUGAAACCAUCAUGACCAUAGCCAAGUACCAAAGUGUCAUUCCCACACCGAAAAUUGGACAGGAUGCCGCCGUAGUGUUCACUAGGAUAUCCUGUGAACUCACUAAGAUCCUGCUUUACAGAAAAUUCAAGGAAGAAAACAGAAAUUUAGUGACUGGAGUUGCAGUACUAUUCACUUGCAUUACUAUAUCAGGAUUAAUAUACACCUUCUUCUAUCAAAAUCCUGUUUUCAAGUUGGAACACAUUCUAAAUUCUCUAUCAGUGAUGCUGACUUUCACAGAGGUGGGUUUUGGACUUUUACAAAUAAUUAUAUCCUGUUUCAGACGAAAUCCAUAUUAUUAAAAUUGAUAAAAAA